AUUAUUUUUUUGGAAUGGUAUUAUUUCUCUAAGUUUGAAACGGAAUAAUUACAAAACAAUAUAUUUGAACUUUUCCAGGGAAAGCCUUUCAAUAUGAGCAAAAAUUGGUUUUGUAACAGAGGUCUAUCACCUAUCACACAGCAUCCAAGAGAUGAAGAAAAAGAUAAGACUUCUGAAACAGUGAUUACUGAUUCACGUAAGGUGUCAUCUGUGGUUAAACAAAACAGCGACCACAGUGACUGCAACUCGGUAAUAUCUUCUACAUCCCCCAAGAUAUGCUGUACACCCCAUCAUCAUCAAUAUCCCGGUUUAUCAGAAAAUGUUCAUUGCAGUAACUUUACAAACGUUACCUCGAUAACGAGAGCAAGUGGAAGAUCCAGACCACCAAAGUGAAUCAGCUCGGUAAAGCAAUAUAUGUAUUCUUUAUGAAAACCAUGUCUGAUAUAUUGUCAUUCAUUUCAGUUCAUAUCUCUUACUUCGCCUAAUAUAUGCUGGCACACCACCAUCAUCUCUGUAAUUUCUGAUGCAGAAGAUGAAGAUUAAAGUCCCCCACACUAGGGAAGAGGGCUGAGGACGAGGAACUGGACAGGAGCGAUGAGGCCAGAGACAACUUACAUUCGGCAAGUGUCAAGAAGAAUGUUACUAUACAUGCAAAAGCUGAAUCAAUUCCCACCGCAGAAUGUGAUCAGUCUGCACCCAGUCAGUCUGGUUCUUCAUCAGUGAAUACUGGACUGUCAGGAAAGAAGAAAAAAGUUACAGUUUUCUGUUGUUUUUGUGAAUGUGAGGUUUUUCAUUU